AGUCUUGGGGCCUUCCAGCCCUCCCCCUAGCCCGGCUACUGCGCCCCGGCCGCCCGCUGUGCUCCCUGCCGGCUGGGCGGCGACGGUGGCGGCUGGACCGGGCUUUCAGGGGGUUUUAGGAAAGUCGUGAGCUCCAGCGAAAGCUGUAUCCCCUUCUCCGCCUCUUUCUUCGCCUUCUCCUCGCUCCCUCGGCCCUGGGCAUCCGGCACCGGGCUGGUAGGCUGCCUCCGCUAUGAAACCUACAUAGUGGAACAGCAUGAUGCUUCUCCUGUAGAGCGUGUGAUGAGGAGCAGAGUUUGGCUUUGGAGUUCUCGGAACCAGAGGAAUUGCCGAGGACUCGGAGCCCAGUCCUGACCACUAGAGAGCCCACACACAAUGAACAAACUGAACUUUCAUAACAACAGAGUCAUGCAAGACCGCCGGAGUGUGUGUAUUUUCCUUCCCAAUGAUGAGUCUCUGAACAUCAUCAUAAAUGUUAAAAUUCUGUGUCACCAGUUGCUGGUCCAGGUGUGUGACCUGCUCAGGCUAAAGGACUGCCACCUCUUUGGACUCAGUGUGAUACAGAAUAAUGAACAUGUGUAUAUGGAGUUGUCACAAAAGCUUUAUAAAUAUUGUCCAAAAGAAUGGAAGAAAGAGGCCAGCAAGGUACGACAAUACGAAGUCACUUGGGGUAUAGACCAGUUUGGGCCCCCUAUGAUCAUCCACUUCCGUGUGCAGUACUACGUGGAAAAUGGCAGGCUGAUCAGUGACAGAGCAGCAAGAUACUAUUAUUACUGGCACCUGAGAAAACAAGUUCUUCAUUCUCAGUGUGUGCUCCGAGAGGAGGCCUAUUUCCUGCUGGCAGCCUUUGCCCUGCAGGCUGAUCUUGGGAACUUCAAAAGGAAUAAACACUAUGGAAAAUACUUUGAGCCGGAGGCUUACUUCCCAUCUUGGGUUGUUUCCAAGAGAGGGAAGGACUACAUCCUGAAGCACAUUCCAAACAUGCACAAAGAUCAGUUUGCACUGACAGCUUCUGAGGCUCAUCUUAAAUAUAUCAAAGAGGCCGUCCGACUGGAUGAUGUCGCCGUUCACUACUACAGACUAUAUAAGGAUAAAAGGGAAAUUGAAGCUUCUUUGACCCUUGGAUUGACCAUGCGGGGAAUACAGAUUUUCCAGAAUUUAGAUGAAGAGAAACAGUUACUUUAUGAUUUCCCCUGGACAAAUGUUGGAAAGUUGGUGUUUGUGGGAAAGAAAUUUGAGAUCUUGCCAGAUGGCUUGCCCUCAGCCAGGAAGCUCAUAUACUACACGGGGUGCCCCAUGCGCUCCAGACACCUCCUGCAGCUGCUGAGCAACAGCCACCGCCUCUACAUGAAUCUACAGCCUGUCCUGCGCCACAUCCGGAAGCUGGAGGAAAAUGAAGAGAAGAAGCAGUACCGGGAAUCUUACAUCAGCGACAACCUGGACCUUGACAUGGACCAGCUGGAAAAGCGCUCCCGGGCCAGCGGGAGCAGUGCAGGCAGCAUGAAGCAUAAGCGCCUGUCUCGUCACUCCACCGCCAGCCACAGCAGUUCCCACACGUCGGGCAUUGAGGCCGACACCAAGCCCCGGGACGUGGGGCCGGAGGACAGCUACUCCGGCAGUGCCAUCCACCGCAAGCUGAAGACCUGCAGCUCGAUGACCAGCCACGGCAGCUCCCACACCUCAGGGGUAGAAAGCGGUGGCAAGGACCGGCUGGAGGAGGACUCGCAGGACGAUGAAAUAGAGAUGUUGGUGGAUGACCCCAGGGACCUGGAGCAGAUGAACGACGAGUCUCUGGAAGUCAGCCCGGACAUGUGCAUCUACAUCACGGAGGACAUGCUCCUGUCGCGGAAGCUGAAUGGACACUCUGGGUUGAUUGUGAAAGAAAUUGGUUCUUCCACCUCUAGCUCCUCAGAAACAGUCGUAAAACUUCGUGGCCAGAGUACCGAUUCUCUUCCACAGACUAUAUGUCGAAAACCAAAGACUUCCACCGAUCGACAUAGCUUGAGCCUUGAUGACAUCAGACUUUACCAGAAAGACUUCUUGCGCAUUGCUGGUCUGUGUCAGGACACUGCUCAGAGUUACACUUUUGGAUGUGGCCAUGAACUGGAUGAGGAAGGCCUCUAUUGUAACAGCUGCUUGGCUCAGCAGUGUGUCAACAUCCAGGAUGCUUUUCCAGUCAAAAGAACCAGCAAAUACUUUUCUCUGGAUCUCACUCAUGACGAAGUUCCAGAAUUUGUUGUAUAAAGUGUGUCUGUGUGCAGCUAUACGGCAGCCUGCUGUUUGCCAGAGGCUGUGAAAGCCAUGAGCUCUUUCUCAUUUCUUGUGCCAUAUCGUCUUCACCCAGAACACAGCUCUUUUUGAAAUUUGCGAUGGAAAUAAAAGCCUGAGACAACUGCACUUUAAGUAUUACACAGAGGGAAAAGAGAAUGUACAGCAAGACAAGUGCCUGGAAGUUCACGAUCCUUUGGAAGGAAUUGUGCUUUACUGCUUACUAAGCCUUUAGAAUAUUGAACCGUGGUGUGUUUGCUCACUGUUCUGUUUUUUAGUUCAGUCACAUAUAACAUCACGUUUUGUUAUCAUGUGAACAAUAGUUAGAUUUUUUGCCUGUCAAUUUUUUUUAUCACUCCCUCAUGAAAUGUUCAUGUUUUGAGGGAGGAGAGAGAAAAGAAUCUCUUCUUUUCAUGGAGAGACCAUCUCCUAGUCCCUAGCCAUUGCCACCUCACUGGGGCUGUCCCAAAGAGAACACUGACGAAGCGGUCAGAAUCCCAUGCUUCCAGCAAGCCAAAGAGAUGGAUGUAACAGAAGUGCAGCCCGGGGUCAGACAGCCGUGAACCACGCAAUAAGCAGAAGAGUGUGCAUAAGCACUGCGAUGCCAGUGACUCCUCCACGCCCAGUGCCCUGGCUGCCUCCUGCUCUCCCAGAGAGCUCUGGGACUCAGUCAGGUUCCUCAUCCAAGUAACAGAUCAAUUGUAUUCAUGUCAUAAUGCAUUCUAUUGGAGUUUCUAACACUGGUUUUUGUUAAAACUAUGAAAAUGUCUUAGAAAAUGUUUAUGCUUCAUGUUUUUUUUAAAUCAAGAACAAAUUAGGGUAAUGCUAGUUUCUACUUAACCAAAAAUACCCUAACUAUACACAUAUGUUAUUAUACAUAUAUAAAUACAUGAAGUUGUAUGUGUUUAUAUGUUUAAACCUUCCGUGACUGUUUUGUAUACGUGGUCUUUCUUGUUUAAUAUGGAGGAUGUGUCAUUGAACGAUUGAUACCUACAGACAAUCAGUUGACAUGUGUAGUUAAAAAUGACUAUUUUCUCAUGUGUCUUUAGCUGUGAUUCUCAACCCUGGUUGCAUCAUAGAAUUAUUUUGGAAGGUCUUAAAAAAAAAAGUCUGGUCCCACCUCCAAUGAGUUAAAUAAGUCUCUUGUGGUGGGACCUAAAUGGAAUUGCUCUUCUUUUGAGAUACUCCAAAUGGAGCCCAUGUGCAGCAGAGUUGAAAACCACUGAUCAGGAGGCCGCCUUUUCAUUCAUUUUUAAGUAAAAGCAUAUAGAAAAUGUUAGUGUUUGAGAAAGGGCCAUUUUUAAGAUAGUUACUGCCACUACUGUUAGGAUGUAUAAUGAAACCAAAUCAGGAGAGUGAACUCGUUAACCUUCAGAUGUACAAUAGCGAUGUUACUCACACUUCAAGAGAGAACUCUCAGCACAAUGUCUUUCUAUGAGAUGUUUUUAAUGAUUUCAUAUUUAAAACAUUUGUUUACCAUAUUUUGAUAUACCAUUUUUUUCUACCUACCAGGUUUUAUUAAAAAGAACUAUAUAUUAUUUUCUAAAGAAACAGUCAUAUUUUUAUACAAAAUUAAGUUUUCAGGUAACAAAGAAAUAGAUUUAGGGUAGAGCAGUGUUACCCAUGGAUGGGAGUCAGUAUUAUAAACACGCAGAAAACGUGAACAAGCUCCACCCACGCUGUCCCCCACGUGUCCCCACACAGACGUGGCCGGGCAGCAUGCACGCAACCAGCCUGGUCAGAUCAGUCCAACUUGACACUUUAAAAGGAAAAGAGUUCUGUAGAAUUCUGUCGUCUUGUAACUGUUUUACUCUUAUUAAAUGUUUUGAAAGAACCAAAGUUUUCAGAUAUCAGAAUGUAUAAAAGUAUCUCAGUCUCUGUAUAAAAGGAUGAAGUAUGAAAAGAUCAUCUAGUGACUAUUUUACUUAAAAGUCAUUAAAUAAUCUACCAUUUCUUAUAGAUGCUUAAAGGACAAAUCCUGGUGAAUUUUGACUAUAAAGAGUCCAAAUCAUAAUGUGCUACAUUUCCUUAGCUCUUAGUGUUUCUUGCAAACAUCAAGAAAAAAAACAAAUUUAUUAACUAGGUAGUGCUUUAUACUUUAUUUUCUCCCUACUUUAACCAGAAUCAAGUCUUCAGGGUUUUGCCAGCACUGUUGGUGGUUUUGCACACCUUCUUUCUAAUUGGAUUGAUGAAUAGUCUUGUAGGUUUUCAAAAAUGAAACAUGCUAAGGACGUUUUUGCUUUUUGAUCCACUGUUUGCAGCAGAAUUAUAUAUAUGUAUAUGAAAAUCCAUUUUGAAUACCUACAUUUUUGUAUUUGAAAUUUGUUUAAAAAAAUAAAAAGAAAAGUCUAAAGCUGUUAUUUAUUCUGCAUUUGUUAAUGUCCAUUGCUAGUUAGUAUACCAGUUGGGUAUAUAUUGCUUCCACUUCUACAUUUGUAUUUGCAGCAGUGAGCUUUAUAUCUGCAUAAACUCUAAGUAAUCCUUUCUGUGAAAGGAUCGUCAUAUCGGGAUGAUACCAAAAGCGUGUAAAAAAAAACUUCAUUAUUUUGUAAUUAUUAUAGGCAUUUCAUGGCAAGAUUAACAGUCAAUAAAGUUACUUUUUAUUUGCC